AUGAGGAAGGAAAAAACAAAACAAUUAAGGAGAGAACUAAAAGAAGAAAAGAAGGAAAAGAGAAAGCUGAAAAAGGACACUGAGAUCUUAAAUGCUGAGAAGAAAACAUUGUUUGGGUCUAUGAAAAGUGUGGUGAAAAAGCUGGAACAAACUCUUGAAGCUGAAAGGGAAGAGGUGAAAAACCUAAAGAAGGAAAAAAUGCAGCUGAUUAAUGAAAACCAAGAACUGAAGGAUCAACUCAAUCAUGGGACUCCACGCAUCUCUACACAAUCGAGAGCAAACAUGCAAAUGGAGGUAUCUCCCUUUCAAUCCUAUUUGGCAAGACUUGAGAAAAGCUUCAUAACGAGGGGAUUAGAUCCUAAGUUUGAGUAUGAACAAGGGGGAAAAAAGAGAAGGAGAGUAGAACAUGGAAAAAAAUGCUCAACCUGA